UCGAUGUCCACGUCCGCAUUCGGCCCCUGAUCGAGAGCGAGAGCCAGGACGCCCAACUUGCGUUUGACGCGACGGUGUCUCGGUCGGGGACGUCGACGUUGGCGUUCGCGAUGCCGAAAACGGACAACGACGACGUCGAGUUUGUCGAAGUGCUGGGCGGAUUCAAAGUCCCCAAGUCCAAACCGAAGCGAGAGAAAGCGUUCACCCACUUCACGAGUGUCCAAGACGACGUGUCCAACGCCGCGUUCUUUGACGUCGCCGUCGCGCCGCUCCUGGACGAAGCGCUCGCGGGCCGCACGGGGUGCUGCUUUGCGUACGGCCACACCGGGUCGGGCAAAACCCACACCAUUCUCGGCGACGGCGACAAGGAGCGAGGCAUGUACCACUUGGCCGGAACGAGGCUCUUUGCCGCGAUCGACGCGCUCAACGAGACCGUCGAGGAUGCGCAGGACAAAUUGAUGCUCCUAGUGCGAUUCAGCCAAGUGUACAACGGCGACGUGUACGACCUCCUCAACGGUUGCGCCAAGUGUUUUGUGCGAGAAGACAGCUACGGCAAAGUGCAGAUCCGCAGCGACACGACGCUGGACCACGCCACGGGCCUCGUCACAACCGCGUUCUCGUCCAGCCACUUGGCCCGCACCGAGGACGACCUGCUCGCUAUCGUCCAGCGCGGGACACAGAACCGGGCGACGGGCAACUCGAACGUCCACCGUGCCAGCAGCCGGUCGCAUGCGAUCCUGCAGAUGGAGGUGGUCAGCGAUCGCGUCGUGGGCCUCCGGGACGUGGUGGCGCACAAGGAGGCCGAGCUCGGUCGGUGCGGGUACGAGCGCGACUCGCUCGACAUGAACAUUUUUGUCCGUCAGCACGACAAGUUUGAAGGCAAGUGGGUCAAGAAGGCGGACGCGCUCGCCAGCACGCCGGAGGAGUGUGCGCAAAUGAUCGAGUUCCGCAGACGAUACGUGCGUUUGGAGAAGGAGAUUGCGGUGGCCCAGGCGGCCGUGGCUGCGGCGCCGGGGUUGUCGGCGGUGGGCGGUCACCUCGUGUUUGUCGACUUGGCCGGGUCCGAGCACGCCGGCCGCAUCACAGACGGCAUCCAGAAGACGGACGACGAGCAGCACGAGUGCCGGGAGAUCAACAAGUCGCUCAGUGCCCUGCGCGCGUGCUUCCGGGCACAGGCGUUGGGUCAUCAGAGCUUGAGUUGCUACCGCGAGUCCAAGCUCACGCUGGCCCUGCGCGACCACUUGCGGUCGCACGGGGGGUCGCGCACCGUCAUGAUUGCAUCCGUCUCUCCGUCUGCCGCGCAUGUCGCCAACACCAUCCACACGCUGCAAUAUGCGCAGAUGGUGGCGCAAGUUUAACGGCAACACAUAAACUAGUACGAGAAUCCAUCGCGAGCACCAGACGGCGCCAUGUCGUUGUCGCCCCUCCAACGUGAACUCCAUGGAAUUCGGAGGUUGUGGGUGAUCUUGGGGGACACAGCC